AUGAAGCGGGACACGGUCGCCGUCGCCGCCUGCGACUCUUUCCGCGGCGAGUGCGUGCAGCCCGGCUGGACCAUCUUGCGCGUCGUGCUUGACAACCCUGGUGUCUGGCUCUUCCACUGCCACAUUGAAUGGGACAUGGCCACCGGCAUGGGCAUGACGCUGGUCGUGAACCCGUCGAAGCUGCGCUCGAUGGGUCUACCGAGCGACAUUCAAAGCACGUGCGCGGCGCCUUUCAAGAGCAUGGCGCCGGCGCUCCCGGACCUUCGGCGGCUCUUCGAGGCUCAGGAACGCAUCCCGACCGAGACCGCGCUCGGGAUCAUCCAUGAUGCGCUCGACCUCAUGGACGUGGAGCCCAACGUGCUCGAGAUCCAAGCACCCGUCGUCGUCUUUGGCGACCUGCAUGGGCAGUUCUUUGACCUGCUCAAGAUGCUCGACCAACUCGAGUUCUUUGCCGACAAGCCGGAACAUGCAGAUCGCAAGCUGCUCUUCCUCGGCGACUAUGUGGACCGGGGCGUCUUUUCGUGCGAAGUCAUGCUCUUCCUCCUCUGCAUGAAGAUACAUGCGCCAAGCCGCGUCUUUCUCCUGCGAGGCAACCACGAGUGCGAAGCCAUCUCGUCCUUCUACGGCUUUCGCCUCGAGUGCAAGGCCAAGUACGGUCUCUCGGUCUACUUUCAUUUUAUCGAGUGCUUUCGAUCGCUGCCGCUGGCUGCGAUCCUCGACGCCCCGGAUGGACGCAUCUUUUGCGUCCACGCAGGCCUUUCGCCUGACCUCGACACGAUCGCCGAUAUUCAGGCCUUGGACCGACGGCAAGAACCAACAACGAGCGGUCCGCUCUGCGACCUUUUGUGGUCGGACCCGGUGCCCGAGUACGAAGUCGAGCUGCCGCUCGCCGACGAAGACGACAACCGUACACCGCCCGAAGAGACCACAUCUUCCAAUGGAACCAAAAACGGGCUGAAGAAGCGGCCGUCGAUCGUACCCGAGACGGCGCGCUGGUCGCCCAACGAGGUCCGCGGGUGCUCGUAUUACUAUGGCUGCUUGGCCGUCUACUCGUUCUUGAACCGCAACAAUCUGCUGUGCAUUCUGCGCGCGCACGAGCUCCAGGACGAAGGUUUCCUCUUUCACUUUUCGUCACAAGCCUACUUGCCGCUCGACACGCGGCUCGACACGAGCUUCCCGCCUGUCAUUACGCUCUUCUCGGCACCGAAUUACUGCGACGAGUACAACAACCUCGGGGCCAUGAUGUACAUUUCGAACGCACCCAACGGCUUUGACGUCGAGCAGCUCCAAGCGACGCGACACCCGUUUCCACGCCGAUAUGCGCAGUCGGAAGGCAUGUGGUCACUCUUCGAGUCGACGCUGCCAUACAUUCCUCCAAGCACAAAGUUUUUCGAAGACAUGGCCGAGCUCAAUGAC